AAAGCGAAGUGGUGCCGGUGUGAUUCAUAUUAUCGUUCAUAAUGAACAGAUCAAUCAGUAAAGUAGUACUAAGUGCUGGAUUAUUCACCAACAUCACAAAAUCAGCUGGAAGAGGAGCUCCAGUCCGUCUUCAGCACCAACAUGUGUGUGACGUUGCGGUGGUGGGUGGUGGAAUUGUGGGAUUGGCUACAGCCAGAGAGCUCAUCCUGAGACACCCGAACCUCACCUUUACCCUGCUGGAGAAAGAGAAGGAGCUUGCGCUGCACCAGUCGGGCCGUAACAGCGGGGUGAUCCACAGUGGGGUAUAUUACACCCCCGGCUCUCUGAAAGCUCGGCUGUGUGUGAGUGGAGCGGCUCUGGCUUACGAAUACUGCGACAAGAAGAACAUCCCAUACAAGAAAUGUGGCAAACUAAUUGUAGCAGUGGACAGUAAUGAGGUUCCACGUCUGAAGGCUCUGUAUGAACGUGGUCAAAAGAACAAUGUAAAGGAUCUCACACUGAUCAAUGCCAAAGAGAUUCGAGACAGAGAACCUUACUGCAGGGGUAUCAUGGCACUAGACUCACCCCACACUGGGAUUGUGGAUUGGCGUUUGGUGGCAUUAUCAUAUGGAAAAGAUUUCCAGCAGUCCGGAGGUGCUGUGAAAACUAAAUUUGAGGUUUCUGACAUCAAAAUGGUAACAGACAGUCCAGCGGAAAGCUCAGAGGGACUGAAAUACCCGAUCAUCAUCCGAAACUCACAGGGAGAGGAAGUACGAAGUCGGUAUGUCUUGACGUGUGCAGGUCUUUAUUCAGAUCGUUUGUCGGAGAUCUCCGGUUGCAGCUCUGAGCCGCGUAUCGUUCCUUUCAGAGGAGAUUAUUUAGUACUCAAACCAGAAAAACGUUAUCUCAUCAAAGGCAACAUCUACCCCGUACCUGAUCCCCGGUUCCCCUUCCUUGGCGUUCACUUUACCCCCAGAAUGGAUGGAAGUAUAUGGCUUGGACCUAACGCUGUAUUGGCAUUUAAACGGGAGGGAUACAAUCUAUCCGAUUUCAACACACGUGAUCUCGUCGACGCCCUUUCUUUUCGAGGUUUACAGAAGCUGGUGAUGAAGAACCUGGUGUACGGUGUAGGUGAGAUGUACAGAGGAGUGUUCAUCAGUGCUCAGGUGAAAAUGCUGCAGAAGUAUGUACCUGAACUCCAACUGAGCGACGUGGUCAAGGGUCCUUCAGGGGUGCGCGCUCAGGCUCUGGAUCAUGAUGGUAACCUGGUGGACGACUUCGUGUUCGACGGUGGAGUCGGAGAGCUGGGCAGCCGAGUGCUUCAUGUCCGAAAUGCGCCAUCUCCCGCAGCAACCUCAUCCCUUGCUAUUGGCAAGGCCGUCGCUGAUGAACUGGAGGCCCGGUUUUCUUUAUAGACAUGCCCACUGACUUGUGAUGACAUGGGAAUCAGUGGAUAAGAGAUCAGUUCAUGAAAUGUCGCACAGAGUGUUUACACACCUGAUAAACUAGUAAUUCAUUAUAAAUGAUUUGAAUGUAAGUUUUUAAUAAAGUUUGCUUUUUGCUAA